AUGAUCGGCCUUCUUGGGCCUCCGCCGCCUAAUCUCCUUACUCAGGGAAGGCUCACGAGCAAAUUCUUUUCAGACAAAGGUGAGUUUUGUGCCGGAAUUCCGUUGCAAGAUCCGGUUCCACUCGAAAAGAGAGAAACUACUCUCAAGGAGCAACAGGAUGACAGGGAGAAGUUUCUGUGUCCGAUGCGGAAAAUGCUGCAGUGGGAGCCGGGCAAGCGAAGCUCUGCAAAGGAACUUGUGCAAGAUGAAUGGAUCCGCGCGCAUUCAGUGAGGAAGUAG